AUCAGAGUAAAAGCAGGUUCGGCCACGCCAGUCCGCGGAUUGGCCAUCCCAAACACCCCCUCACCCCGUCGCAACCCGCUCCACAAGAAACCAGCCCCUACCAAGAAAAUUUAAAUCCAUAGCCCUUUGCACAAAUAAACAUCGGUUAUAUUACAACCUACAAAUCGAUAAGCAUGUCGGACGAAGAGGAGCCCUCAGUGAGCCUGGACUCAAAAUCAAAAGAAGAAGAAGAAGAUAGUGCAAACAAUAGCAAUGCCGCGAAUCUCGAACCAACUUCUAAUCAACCGCUUCAAUCCACAGUUGCCAGUGGCGAUAACAGCGUAUCAGAGUCUGACCUAGCAAAGGGGCUUGCUUCAAUUAUAUCAACCGUAAUUACCGAUUUUGAUUCCAGAGCUGAAGAGACUAUUCGUAGUCAAAAUCAACUCUCCUUCUCCAUCGAUCGUCUUACUGGAGAACUUGAUCAGCUUCUCGAAGAUGCACCUUUGCCUUUUAUCAUGCAACAUGCUGCCAAGAUAUCUGGAGUUAGAAAAAGAGUUUCUUCUCUUAAUUCAGUGUUGAAAUCUGUACAACGACGUCUCGACAAUAUAGACCGAACGCUGUCUGCUGGCUUGUCACAUGGGAAGGCCACUACUGGAAAUUCUGAGCAUCAUUAGAUUAUUUGUAUAGUACUUCAUAGUCUUGCGGAAGCAACAUGUUCAUCACUAAAGUUGUAGAAACAACAAACAAGAUGUUUGGAAAUUAACGCUCUUUGCCUGUUAAGGAUGGAGGUUUGCCUUUAUUCCUACAUCUGUGUAGUUGUGUAUUUGUGCUAUCAAGAAGUUGGCUAUUGAUUUGCAGAAUAUGAAAUUGAAUAAAACAAUUGUUAGUAUAA